GCCUUCAUUUGUAGAAUUUAGUUUUAAAGCAAAUGUACAAACUAUAGUUCUAACCUCAUUCUUAUCUUGUAUUGAGUAGUCUAGUCUGCCUAGUUGUCGACAGUAAACCCAGUGAGGCGGUCCUGAUCAGGGUUCUUAAAAAAAAAAAAGUUGGUCUUUAGUUAGUUUUGUCUAAUUAUUUCUGAAUUUAUUAACUUCUGGCUAAAAUAAUGGCUUCUACAGAUGUUGCUCGGCAGCCGGGUCAAGGAGUCCGGCCCCUGUCCCUGGCAGGCCAUGUGGGCUUUGACAGCCUCCCAGAUCAGCUUGUCAACAAGUCCAUCUGCCAGGGCUUCUGUUUUAAUAUUCUCUGCAUUGGUGAGACUGGUAUCGGAAAGUCUACCCUGAUGGACACUUUGUUCAAUACAAACUUUGAGAACUUAGAGUCAUCCCACUUUGAGCCUCAAGUGAAGCUGCAUGCUCAAACCUAUGACCUACAGGAGAGCAACGUCCGACUACGCCUUACCGUGGUCAACACCGUAGGCUUCGGAGACCAAAUGAACAAACAAGAGAGCUAUCAGCCAGUGGUGGACUAUAUCGACAGGCAGUUUGAGAGUUAUCUACAGGAGGAGCUAAAAAUCAAACGCUCUCUUCACAACUACCAUGACUCGCGAGUCCACGCUUGCCUUUACUUCAUCUCUCCCUCAGGUCAUUCACUUAAAUCCCUGGACCUGGUCACGAUGAAAAAGCUAGACAGCAAGGUGAACAUCAUCCCUGUGAUUGCCAAAGCUGACACCAUCAGUAAGAGCGAGCUACAUAAAUUCAAGAUUAAAAUCAUGAGUGAGCUGGUCAGCAAUGGCGUCCAAAUCUAUCAGUUCCCCCUGGAUGAUGAGACCGUCGCCAAGGUCAACACUACUAUGAAUGGUCACUUGCCUUUUGCUGUAGUAGGCAGCACAGAGGAAGUCUCCGUUGGCAAUAAGAUGGUGAAGGCUCGUCAGUAUCCCUGGGGUGUAGUACAAGUGGAGAACGAGAGUCACUGUGACUUUGUGAAGCUGAGGGAGAUGCUGAUCUGUGUAAACAUGGAGGACCUGAGAGAGCAGACACACACGCGCCACUAUGAGCUGUACCGGCGCUGCAAGCUGGAAGAAAUGGGAUUUAAAGACACCGACCCAGAGUGCAAACCCGUCAGCUUGCAGCAGACUUAUGAGGCCAAGCGUCAGGAGUUCCUGGUGGAGCUGCAGAAGAGAGAGGACGAGAUGAGGCAGAUGUUUGUGCAGAGGGUGAAGGAGAAGGAGUCUGAGCUGAAGGAGGCUGAGAGAGAUCUGCAGGGUCGUUUUGAGCAGCUGAAGCGUCUCCACGCAGACGAGAAAGCAGCUCUGGAGGAGAAGAAGAGACUCCUGGACGAGGACCAGAGUUCCUUCGGCAAGAGACGAGCUGCCGCCCAGCUCCUGCAGGCCCAGAGCCUCACCGCCAACGGCAAGAAGGACAAGGACCGCAAGAAUUCUGGCUUCAUGUGAAGACGUUGGGGAUCAGAAGUACACUCCAGUACGACCAGUACAACCAGUGACGUUCUGGCCACGUCCUUUCCAGCCCUUUAUGGCCAGUCUUAAACACUAACCAGGAAAACCGCACACAGACCAGCAGUGUGUGCGAGUGUGAGUUUGUGCCAAAGUUUAAUGACUGUAUCCAUGAAUCCUGUGUAAACUUUCCUCAAUGGUAUAUUUUUAAUCUUCUUAGCAGGUUUUAUACCUCUCUGUAAUAUUUUAUAUUUAUCCUUUCGUUUUUAUAUAAUACUUUUUUAUUUUUCAUAUACCUCCCCCUUUACAGUAAAUAAAAGAAUUGGAUACAUACCAAGUAACACUAUAUUAAAAGGGACCUCCUCACUUACA